AAUUAAUAAAACCGUCCCUCCCCACACGGUAAAACCUUUCCCUGGUCGUCUUCGUCCUUAAAACUCUUUUAUUCUGGUCGUUAUCUAAUCUUGGGUCGGCAAGAGAACAUCAUUUUUCAGGGUUAGAAAGUGAGAAAUAUCUCGCCACCAUGUUUCUCACCCUGCUGCGGAGAGGCAUCUCUGGGAAGCAAUGGAUCGGAAAGUAUCGCCGUCCACGACAGAUUACCUGGCAGAUGAAGCGCAAUAUGUUGAAGAAUCUGGAGCGUGAGGCUGAAAACGAAUACUGGAUCAGCCGGCCUUUCAUGACUGUGGAGCAGGAGUACGGUCACGCCGCAGAGCGCCGAGCCCAGAACUGGCUCAAGAUCAAGGAGGCCAAAUUUUCCAAUUUCCCUGAACACAAACACAUGGCAGAUCACCUGAGUCAUCUCAAAAUCACCAAGACGUGGUCAAGUUAAUGUGAGCAGAGAAACAGCAAGCAAAGACUGUCUUUAUAAUGUGACAAUAUAACAUGUUAAUGUGUGUAAGAAAGCUCUGUUUCGUUAUGUGUAGUAAUGUGAAGCAGGACCAUGAAAAGUUGUCAAACAAGUCCACAGUGGACUGUUUCAAUGAAUGCGUGAACUGUUUGAGGUGCUUUAUCACAGACUGAACCCACGCUGCAACAGGACUGUAACUGCUCCACAUUCGGUGCUCUUGCUUCAGAUAAAAACUGCUCAGCAAUUCUAUCUGCGAGUCCUUAUUUUAGCGCUCAUUAGCAAAGUACACUUUCAAGUUGAGAAAAACAGGCUUCCCACUGCUUAUAAAUUGUCUAUAAUUAUAUGAACUGCUGAAGUGUAGUCCAUGAGGAAAAUGUUGAAGGAAUUAUGGAAACUGUCUUGGGAGUUUGGGACAAAAUUAUGUAAUUUUACAAAGGGUUAAUUUCACUGCAAUAGAGCUGAAUGCAUUCUACUGUUUUAAAUUUCAUGUAUUGAAGGGUGUGACUGUCAGUGAGCCCAAUUGUAGCUGGAAUUAAAGUAUUUAAUCCCUUUGAACCUUUGAAGUUAGAAAAAGCAGGAAGGAACACAUUUUCAAGGUUCAUGGAAAUGCUCUCACUUCAUUAAUGGAGUCUCAUAAGGUUUUAGAUUUUUGCCAUGGUGGGGAGCCUUGUGAUUCUGUUAAAUCUGCUGACAGUAAUGUGCUUCUGCUUGGAAAAAUCGGCUGUAUAAUAUAGAUCCAUUGUUAUAAUAGUCAAUGCUUAGAUUGCUGGGGUUCUCUGCUGAUUUAUCGUUGGACUGCAGGAAUUUGACCCUGUAUCGAUGACUUGUCUGAUUACAGUUAUUGCCAUUGUGUGGACUUCAAUCACUCCAACACAAGCACAUGACUGCAAGAAGAGCCAGCAGGUGAUCAUUAGCAUCAUCUCCUGCACCUUUAUAACCUUAUAAGGUUAUUAAAAAGCUGGAAGGUGUGUGCACUAUAAAACAAAGCAAACACUGACUUGGUAAUCCUGAGCCCUGAACAUGGGGCUGUCUAGCAUUUAUAAGAUGUGAAGUGAAUACACAUUUGAUAACUGGUUUAUAACACACUGUGAUGUAGUUGCAUGCACAGAUAUAUAACUGCUGACAAACACAUUAAACACAUCUAUUCACAACUACAUCAUAGUGUGCUGUAAACCAUUUAUUUAUUGUUCCUGCACUGCCUGUAAAUGCUAAACCAGAACUCUUAGAGAAGUUAAUGUGGUGUUUUCUCUGUGCUGGGCUUGAACUGCACUGCCGCUAAGUGGUCAAACAACACCAUGGCUCUGCAAUUUGCCACCUUUUUAAUUGGUUAAACAUAAAUGUGAUUUUCUUCAAUAUAAAACCUGCUGGUGUCCGUAGUAGCCAUCCCGCCUGAUUUUCACCUGCGACAACAGGUGAACCCAGUGAACGAACUGAGACGAUAGAAAAGCAGCGGUCCUCUGCGCUCCAGAGAAGCCACAGGUGUGAGAAGCCUUUCAUACUGUCCUUUGUGCUGUCUAUUUGUAUAAUUUUGAUGGUAAUGUUGCCACCAGAAGCAUUAUUUGAGAUCUGUCUUAGCAUGGGCACUGCAGGGUUCAAAAUAAUUGAACAGGAUUAAUGAGCUGGUGGGGAUAAUGCUGUCUGUGAAAGGGCAAUUGUACUGCAGCAGUGAAAUGGAAUAAAUCCACAUGCCUCAGUAAUGCUACACCACUGGGACACCCAUUUCAAGAACCUGACUCUAAGCGAUUAGUCCAUGUAAAACUGAGCAGAACUCUCCUUGGUGGACUGCAGGAAGCUCUCCUAACUGUGCUCCCAGCUCGGUCACACACUUCAAACUGAAAUUAGCUGUUCAUUGUUUUCCUCUGCCAAAUGUUAUUACAGGAUGAAUUCUUAAAGGAAAAAAAGUUGGAUUGCGUUUGCUUUAUAGCGAACAGAGCAGCUCACAAAAAUAAAGGAGA